GCAGGGCUGCGGGGAGCCGGGGGAGCCGGGCCAGCCGGCAGCUGCAGGGCGGGCUCUCCAGGCCGCGAGGGCGCGCUGCGCGCGGCGCUGGGUCUGGCCGCGUCCCGGCAGGGGAAGGAGAGAAGCAAGGGCGCGGAGGUGAGCAGAGCCCGGCAGGCGCGAGCGCAGGCACUCUCGGUCGUUUCUAUUUUGCAGUGGUGGCGGCGAAUCCCGUUCACCGUGUUUACAACAUUGCAUCUCGGCCGGGUUCGCUGGGGCUGCCCGGAGGCCGCGGCCGGGCAGCUGUUGCGCCGAGAGGGGGCAGCUGCGGAGUUCCAUAACCAUAGCAACCGCAUCAGCACCACGGCGGCGGCGGCGAGGGCAGCAUCCUCUCGCUCCUCCUCCAGGCAGCCUCGCCGCGGGGACCUGAGACCCAGCUCGCAGGUGCCCGGACUCCGCGGUCCGCCCACCACCGCUGCAAGUAUUGGCGGCUGGAGAAGGAGAAAAGAGGAGAGUGAGAGACCCACGAGCGGUGGCUGGAGGAGGUGAGAGAGAGGAGCCCUGCAGUGGGAGACAGGUAAUGAACCAAAAAGAUCAUGUCUGAAGUACAAGGAACGGUUGAGUUUUCUGUAGAGUUACAUAAGUUUUAUAAUGUGGAUCUCUUUCAGAGAGGGUAUUACCAGAUCCGAGUGACCUUGAAGGUGUCCUCAAGGAUCCCCCACAGAUUGAGCGCUUCCAUCGUUGGGCAGACAGACAGCAGCAGCCUGCAUUCAGCCUGCAUCCACGAGAGCACCAUGCACAGCCGGGUCUUUCAGAUCUUAUACAGGAACGAAGAGGUGCCCAUAAAUGAUGCUGUGAUCUUCCGAGCUCAUUUGCUCUUAGAUGGUGAAAGGGUGGAAGAGGCACUAAGUGAAGUUGAUUUUCAACUCAAGGUGGACCUGCACUUUACAGACAGUGAACAACAGCUGAGGGACGUGGCCGGGGCAUCCAUGAUCAGCAGCCGCACGCUCGGCCUGCACUUCCACCCCCGGAGAGGUCUGCACCACCAGGUGCCCGUCAUGUUCGACUAUUUCCACCUGUCGGUGAUCUCGGUGACCAUCCACGCUGCCCUGGUGGCUCUGCAGCAGCCUCUGAUCAGUUUUACUCGUCCAGGAAGAGGCUCCUGGCUUGGUAAAGGUGGCCCAGACACGGGACCAGAACCGUCUAGCCUUUCUCUGGAAAACCUGGUCUUUGGAGCUGGAUACUGCAAGCCGGCUUCCUCAGAGGCGAGCUUUUACGUGCCCUCCGAGAACUGCAUGCAGCACGCUUACAAGUGGCACCGGGAGCUGUGCUUCCUGCUCUUACACGCCUACCGGGGACUCCGUGCCUACUUCCUGGUCAUCAUGAGGGACAUCCCAGAGCUGCCACACAUGGAGCUGGAGUCCCUUGCUGUUGAAGAAACGCUUUCUCAGCUGUGCUCAGAGCUACAGAUGUUAAACAAUCCGGAGAAAAUAGCUGAGCAGAUAAGUAAGGAUCUCGCCUGGCUCGCCUCCCACCUGAUGGCUCUGUGGACCCAAUUUCUGGACACGGUGACUCUACACUCCCAAGUGACCACUUAUCUCACCCAGGAACAUCACACCUUGAGGGUCCGAAGGUUUUCCGAGGCCUUCUUUUAUAUGGAGCACGAAAAACUCGCAGUCCUGACUUUUCAGGAAAAUCUGAUGCAGACCCACAGCCAGCUGUCUCUGGAUAUCCGGAAUUCAGAGUACCUUACCACGAUGCCCCCGCUGCCCGCAGAGUGCCUGGACAUCGACGGUGACUGGAACACCCUGCCAGUUAUCUUUGAGGACAGAUAUGUGGACUGCCCUAUGACAGGGCAUAAUUUGAGUGUUUACUCUAAUUUUGAUGUUCCAACAACAAGUCCCGCAAUAAUGAAUUUAAAAGACAGAGAAGAGAGCCAUCUUGUAAAUAGAAAAUCAUCUUUUAGGGAAGACCUUAUCUUGCCCACUAUGAAACCAACCCAAAUGGACUCUGAUGAAGAGGUUAUUAGGUGUCCAGAGCCAGACCAAAAUGUAACCACACCAAAUCAUGUGGACGUGUGCUCUGAAUCUCAGGUGUAUCUGACAAUUGGUGAAUUCCAGAAUAAAGCAGGUUUACCUGAAGAUGAAUGUUGGACUGACCAAAAGUCCGAUGUUGGAAUACAUCCAUUGGCUGAUGAGGACCUGCCCAGAAGGAGUCCGGGCCCAGAGGAUGGCCAGGCCCCAGCACUGACCUACAUUGAUGUGAAAUCUAGCAAUAAGAACCCCUGCAGAGCUGAACCCACGGUGGUCAUUAGUGCUCAGCAUGAGAGUGGGCACUCUAGAGAUAACCUUGAAUUAGACAGAACUGUGCUAAGCAAAAGAGUAGUAGGUGGGAGUCAUCAAGAUGCCAUCUCUUCACAAAAAACAACACUCCAUGAGUUAGGUAUUCUAGGAAAGGGAGCAGACCAAGAGAGUAAGCUGGUGCUGCUAAAUCUGAAGCUCAUCCCCUCUGACCCCUGUGACCCACUAAGCUCUACUUUGCGGGAUCCCUUGGACAUUAGAGUUUCCCCAAAAGACCUUCAUACAGAGGAGCAGGAGGAAGUGUCAGUGCUAUCUGGGGUCAUCAAGAGGUCUUCUUCCAUCAUCUCUGAUUCAGGCAUUGAGAGUGAGCCAAGCUCCGUUGCCUGGUCCGAGGCCCGAAGCAGGGCCCUGGAGUUACCCAGUGACCGGGAAGUCUUGCACCAGCUGGUUCGAAGACACGCCCUGCACAGGAACUCCUUAGAGGGUAGACACACAGAGAGCAAUACGAGUUUGCCAAGCGGGAUCCAGGCAUCUCUCACUUCCAUUAGCUCUUUGCCUUUUGAGGAGGAGGAGAGGGAGUUGGCACUCACCAAAUUGACCAAGUCUGUAUCUGCACCCCAAAUCAGUAGCCCAGAGGAGUCUGCUGAAGAUACGGGCACCAUGCAGCAAGAGGGAGGUCUUGCUGAAACUUCAGCUGUGCACAUCAAGAGCAUGGAUCCCCCAGGACACUGCAGUCAACUUAGUGGUGGCUCCAGAAUCCAGGACGCUGAGGCAGACCAUUCCCUUGUGGAGGUGGUUUCAGAUGCUAACAACCAGCAGGGCCCUGGGUACAUAGACAUCCCCAAAGGUAAAGAGAGUCAGUUUGAUCCUCAAGGACCCUGUUGCCUUGAUGACAGGACUGAGAACCCUCCAAGUAUUGAAACCAAAGGUCUUAAUUUAAAAAUACCACGUAUCAUAGCACUUGAAAACCCUAGGAGCAGAUCUUUUCCUAGAGCACUAAUGGAGACCCCUAAGGGCAUGCCUAAAGACUUGAAUGUGGGGAAAGGAGCUCUUUCCAACAGCAACAUCUCAGAUGUUGAGAGUAUCGCCCACCAUAAGGUGCCUGAAUUGAGCUGUACAUCAGAUGCCGAUGCCAUCGACCUGGAUUCAAUAGGUGAGCAAAGCAGCUCACCUAGCAUCAUUGAUGAUACAGCAUUUAGCAGAGGAGCUAAUACCUUCUUGGAUGUUGGACAUGAAGCAGGCACUGUGUGUUCCACUGUGACUCACUCCAUUCACUCCCAAGUUUUGGGAAACCAAGACCCAAGGGCAGGCACUUCCAUCAUGGUGUCCCAUUUGACCCCUACAGAGACCUUCACUCUGGACAGCCUGAAAGCUGUGGAGGUCGUCAACUUAUCUCUGUCUUGCACUGCCACAUGUCUCCCUUUCUCAUCUGUGCCCAAGGAAACUCCUGCCAGGGCUGGAUUCUCUUCCAAACAGACCCCAUUUCCCAUCACUCAUCAACCUUUGGGUUCUUUUGGAGUCGUUUCAACCCAUUCCAGCAAGUUGGAGGAAGAAGUCAGUGAAAGGAUGUUUAGUUUUUAUCAGGCCAAAGAAAAGUUUAAAAAAGAACUGAAGAUUGAUGGAUUUCUGUACAGUGACUUAUCUGUACUAGCUUCUGAUAUACCAUAUUUCCCACCAGAGGAAGAGGAAGAAAAUUUGGAAGAAGGGAUUCACCUGGUAGUCUGUGUCCAUGGCCUGGAUGGGAACAGUGCAGACCUCCGGCUGGUAAAGACUUUCAUAGAACUGGGGCUCCCUGGAGGAAAACUGGACUUCCUAAUGUCUGAAAAGAAUCAGAUGGACACAUUUGCAGACUUUGACACCAUGACGGAUCGGUUAUUGGAUGAAAUCAUUCAGCACAUACAGUUGUACAACCUCUCCAUAUCCCGAAUUAGCUUCAUAGGCCAUUCUCUUGGCAACAUCAUCAUCCGAUCGGUCCUGACGCGGCCCCGGUUCCGGUAUUACCUCAACAAACUCCACACAUUCCUGUCGUUGUCUGGGCCUCACCUAGGGACCCUGUACAACAACAGCACCCUGGUUAGUACAGGCUUGUGGCUCAUGCAGAAGUUGAAGAAAUCCGGGUCCCUUUUACAGUUGACCUUCAGGGAUAACGCUGAUCUGCGCAAAUGUUUCCUCUAUCAACUAAGCCAAAAAACAGGUCUGCAGUAUUUUAAAAAUGUUGUGCUGGUUGCUUCUCCCCAAGACCGCUAUGUGCCAUUUCAUUCAGCGAGGAUCGAAAUGUGUAAAACUGCCCUCAAAGACAGACACACAGGGCCCGUUUAUGCGGAAAUGAUCAACAACCUUCUCCGCCCACUGGUUGAAGCCAAGGACUGCACUUUAAUCCGACACAAUGUGUUCCAUGCCUUGCCCAACACUGCCAACACCCUAAUUGGCCGAGCAGCUCACAUUGCUGUGCUGGACUCAGAACUCUUCCUGGAGAAGUUCUUCUUGGUGGCGGGACUCAACUACUUCAAGUAGUGGCUUUGAGGGAGCGGGCCUUGGGGAGCUCGCCACAAACGUUUAAGAUCGAUGAGAGCUUUAGCUGAGACAUCCUUUUAUAGACCUCUGCCAUUCUAAGUGGAGCUUAGAGGGGAAGGCGUGGAGGGAUGGAGAGUCGGGAGGGACUGGACAGUCGAGGUGCUUUCAUUUUGGAGAUUUGGGAAAGCUGAACCAAUAGUGUAAAAGACAACAGACUUUGCUUGAACCUGUCUAGUCACCUGGAGUCUCAUUCAAGAUGCUUUCUAGGCAAAAUAUGAGAAAAUAAAGAAACAGAAUACUUGGAGUUGGUGAGCCCACCUUUUUAACCA